GCCUGGUGUGGGACCCCCCCCCGCACUUUCCCUGGGCCUGCUGCCCUGGUGGUUGGGCACGUAGGGGAUGGGCCCCGGCCCAGGGCAGAGGCGAGGACCAGCCUGUCUCUCCCAUAUGCUGGGCAGAUCCCCCUGCCUGUGGGAGUCCCCCUGUUCCAAGCCUCUGUCUACCGGGGGCGAAGACGGGCACCGAAAUACCCUUAGCCUGUGCCCCGUGGCCUGGAGGAGAUGCCAGCUCAGCGGGCAGGGUGUGCCGCGUGCACUCCUGGCUGCCCCCAUCUGCUUCUCAGUUCAUGCACUUUAAUUCACCACAGUAUUUCCCUAAAUAAACCGCCCCCGUUUUUAGUGGGACAUACUCAAAAGACCCCUGCGGGCUGUGCAGGGCUAAGUCAUGAACAUGCUGUGGUACCCUUCACCUGUCAGAGCUUUUCCCAGGUAGAACAUUCUGCAGAGCUGAACAUCACAGCCAAGAGAUUGCGGCGGGAGAACCCCCAGCCCCAUAUCAGAGCACGGGGGAUGAAUGGGGGGGAGCCCAGAGAAGGGCAACAAGAAGGAUGGGGGGACUGGAGGAAUCGAGGAUGAAAUGGGCACAGAGUGGGGGAGGCUAAGUGCUGGCAGAGACAGGAGACGGGUCUGAGAGAGGCUGGGCCGAGGCGCUGCUCAGCAUGAUUCCUCCCCAGAGACGGGCGCUAGCUAGGCUGGGAGACAGGCUCCAGGGCCCCAGCUCGUGCGGCCCCGUCCUGGCAGCCCCAGUGUGCUGCAGCCUGCUCUGUGCCUGAGCCCCGGGCACGGGGUCCUGGGGCAGCCUCUCCUAGUCAGUGCUGGAGGUGCUGUGGCAUGCCCCAAGGAGGUGAAUCUGUUUGCUCUGGUGUGGGACUGGCUCAGGUUCCCAGCUGACUCUCCAGGCCAGAGCACCCCAGCCUGGCAGGGCCCCACCCCAUUCACCCCACGCCCAAUGCCAGCUGCACCCACUGGCCAGCUCGUCCGGGGGCCUCCGCCCAGGGUCUGUGCAAUGGGAACUCAAUCCAGCCUUGUCUCCCAGACUUGCCCGAGAUGAAUUGGACUGAGGGGGGUGGAUAACUUGUGGGGCUCACCCAGACGGGGGCUGUGAGCAUUUGGGCGAGAGGGAAAUAGCCCCCAGUGCUAGAUUCAGGCCCAGGAGGGAGGCUGCCGUCUCUGCUGGGGUGGGAGAUGGCAGUGUGGGUUUUUAACCCCUCUGGGGUCCCCGGUUCCAGGCGGGGCUCUCUGGAGGAGCUGGCAGGGUCUGAACUCGCAGCCUGGAGCCAGCCCAGCAGUGCUGCCCUCAGCGCCAUCUCUGGUUUCUUCUGCGUCUGGAGUGGGAAAGGCGAGCUGGGGCCAGUGAACACCUGAGCCGGGAUGGGGGGCGGGGAGCUGCAGGAGUUACCCAGGAGCUGGGCUCAUUCCCCUUGCCGGGCUCUGCUUCCCCCACCCGGGGGCUGGGCUGGACAUGCCAGCGAGCGCUGCCAGCAGGGCGAAAGUAGGAACGUCCCUGGCGCUCCCUGCGAGGGCUCUGAGCCGGGCUCUGCUCCCGCAGGCUGUGUGUGGCAGGGAUGAGGAGCCGCCAGCGGGCGUUCGCAGCGGUGAUGCGGCUCUGUGUGAAGUGCCUGCGUGUGGGCCGGCGGCGCAGGUUCAGGCUGGCCUGGCGGGCACAGCAGCUGUGGCGCUACGGGCACCUCUGCCUGCGCUCCCUGCUCUACAACUCCUUCACCAACAGCGACGUGCUGCUGGACUCCCUCUUCGAGCCCAUCUACUGGCUGGUGGAUCACGUCACUCGCUGGUUCGGUGUGGUGUUCGUGGCGCUGGUGAUCGUGCUGACAAGCUCCAUCGUGGCCAUUGUCUACAUCUGCCUGCUGCCCCUCAUCCUGCAGACCUACCCGCCCGGCUGGGUCUGCUGGCACCUCGCCUACGGCCACUGGAACCUACUCAUGAUCCUCUUCCACUACUCCAUGGCCAUCACCACCCCGCCAGGGAACCCCCCGCAGGCCAAGAGCAAUACCGUGGCUGUCUCCAUCUGCAGGAAAUGCAUCUCCCCCAAGCCUGCCCGCACGCACCACUGCAGCAUCUGCAACAGGUGUGUGCUGAAGAUGGACCAUCACUGCCCGUGGCUGAAUAACUGCGUGGGACACUACAACCAUCGCUACUUCUUCUCCUUCUGCCUCUUCAUGACCAUGGGCUGCAUCUACUGCGGCAUCAGCAGCUGGGACAUGUUCCGCGAGGCCUAUGCUGCCAUUGAGAGAAUGAAAAUGCUUGAGAAGGAGAGACUGCAGGUGGCUGCCAACCAGACGUACUACCAGACGCCGCCCCCCGCCUUCUCCUUCCGCCAGCGGGCCUUCCACAAGAGCAUAGUCUACCUCUGGGUCCUGUGCAGCUCAGUAGCACUGGCCCUGGGGGCCCUCACGCUGUGGCACGCUGCCCUCAUCACCCGAGGGGAGACCAGCAUCGAGAGACACAUCAACAAGAAGGAGCGGCAGAGGCUGCAGAAGAAAGGCAGAGUGUUCAGGAACCCCUACAGCUACGGCGCCUGCAACAACUGGAAGGUGUUCCUGGGAGUGGAGACGCGCAGACACUGGCUCACCCGUGUCCUGCUGCCAUCUACACACCUGCCCCAUGGAACUGGCCUGAGCUGGGACCGUCCUCCCUGUGUGACAGAGCCGCGCACACCUCUCCUGGCCAUCUAACGGGCGUGGGACCCGCCCCUCAGCACCAGCCCUCAGAGCCUGGACCCACUCCAGCCUGGCACUAGCAGAUCCUCCUCAGGGGUGUCCAGCGUGAGGGAAGCACCAGUCGGCUGCCUGGAGCCUCCCAGCUCCGCUCACCAGACCCCUCCAGCAAGCCCCAGCGUGGCUGCAGGCAGCCCGCGGCACUGGGGCGCUUUGCCUGGGGGGGGACAUGCUGCAGUCCGGAGACACAGGGACAGGCCGGCAGCAUGUGCAGGGAAGGGAGCGGCUCUCUGCGGGAUAGCAGAGACUCCCCAGCAGGCAUGCGGGGCAGGGGGCCCCUCCCCUCCCGCACAGGGGAUUUUAAAUGCCAGAAAUAAAAACGUUUUUUCACUAA